AUGCCAGUCAUGAAGCCCUAUUUAAUGAUAAUUUCCAUACUUCUGAUCAUGGUUCAAAAGACUCCAGGUGGCCUGUUCAGAUUCCACAGGGGCAAGAGCCAAGAGCCUUGGAAUCCAUGCAAGCUUUACCAAGGCAUGUGCAGAAACACCUGCAGGAAAUAUGAAAUACAAUACUUAACCUGCCCAAAUGCUGAAAAGUGCUGCCUGAAAUUUUCUGUGAAAAUCACCAGUUCUAACAAAGUGAAAGAGGAUUACGGCUCCAAGUCUAACCCGUCAGUUACAAAUACUUCAGGCUAUUCUAAAAUCUGA